AUGGGCCAUGCAGCACCUGCGCGGAGAAGACUGGCAGGUGGUGGAGUUCGGAUACAAGCAGAAGACGGAACGCGUCUCCUAGUGCAGGAUGACACUGUCAGCUUCGAAGGCCGCUGGUCUUUGAAGGACACCAUUCCACAAGAUGCCAGCGGAGGUCUUGGGGGACCGGCAGCCACGCUGAGACUUGUGCAGCCAGAUCUGCGUGCAGGCUGA